ACGAUCUACACAGUGAACCCAACACAUCCGACGAUCUACACAGUGAUGAGCGACGAUCUACACACUGAACCUCUGACCGACGAUCUACACUUCUGAACGGCGAUCGAUUUGCAUUGAACGACGAUCGAUCUACAGUGAGCAAAAAUGGCGAAGUCGUCUGAGCUGAAGUCCGAGUUACUGGAGCAGAUGAAGCUCCACCUCUCCUCCGACGCUGGCAAACAUCUCACCAAGAAGAUCGGCCUCGUUUAUCAAUUCAACAUAGCUCCCAAGAAAAUUGGAUUCAAUGAGGACAUCUAUGUUGUUGAUCUCAAAAAAGGAGAGGUCAGGAAAGGGCCAUAUGAGGAUGAGAAGCCCGAUGCAAUAUUUUCUUUCACAGAUGAAGAUUUUUUCAAGAUUGCCUCUUGGCAGAUGCAUCCGCUAAUUGCUUUCAUGAGUCACUCAAACUAUUUUUGGGAUGGAUGCACGUUUGCAAUGAACGUUGAGGGCAGUCUAAGUGCCGCACAGAAAUUCACACCUGUCAUUUUCCCCAAACCUUCAAAGAUGAGAGGGCAUCAUUGCAGUGCAUAUGGUGCUAGCCAGAUUGCCUCCCAGAAAGAAACCAGAAGUUCGCCAGCAAAUGGACAGAGCUUUGCAACCCAAAAAGAUGAUUAUAGUGAGGAAGCACUGGAUGAUAUAUCUUUGGAGACAACUGUCAUGCAAAUGAUGCAUCCCAGAUGCAGGUCAUGCUGCAUAUGGUUAAGAGAGCUCCCAAAUGAUUGGAAUCAGCCAGCCAAUAACUAUAGCACCAGAAGUUCGACAACAAAUGGACAGAGCUUUGUAGCCCAGAAGGAUGAUUUUAGUGAGGAAGCAUUGGAUGAUGAUUCUUUAGAGACAGCUGUCAUGCGAAGGAUGUGUUCCAGAUGCAGGUUAAGCUACAAAUGGUUAAGAGGGCUGAGAGGGCUUAUGAGUUCAUGGGUAUCUGGGGUUCCAAAUUGGUUUGUCUGGCAGAAAAAUUUUGAGGGACUAGAUAUGGGUCGAGUAAUCACCAUCAGGACUCAGAGGAGAAAUAUUCAGAAAAAGUACCCUGGAGAUCAAAAUGAUAUGAAGAAAAGUGGAGAGAACUCUUCAUUGGCCCAGUCAAAAGGCCAAGCAGAAGAAAAAGAAAGUCCAAAAUUGGCCUCUCAGAUCAAGAGAAGUGCCAACAGAGAGCAAUUAGCCAAGGUUCAUGCUGAAUUAAGGGCCAAAGAGAGAGCUAGCCUAACAGGCCUCAAAAAGGCUUUAAUGGAGAGUGAGAAUGAAACAGAUGAAGAUGGUGAAUUAGGCUCGAAGAAGGUAUUGACUAAAGAAGACAUGUUCGAAGCCUUCACGGUUGAACAAACUUUCUUGGGAGGAAAACCAACAGAGGCAACUAUUUUGAAGGAGCCUGCUAGCAUUGAAGUGUCAGAAUGCAACAUGGAGAAGGCUUCACAAGCCUCAGACCAGACUUAAGUGGAAGGAAAACAAGUACAGCCAGUAAUACAAUUUGGCUCAUUCCUUUCAGUACCAGUCAAUAUGGUUUAUGCGCUUCCUUUCAUGCUUAAACUUGGAGUUGAUGCUUGAUAGCAUAUGGCUUCUCUUAAAAUGUAAUUGUGUUGGCAUUGCAGUUGUAAUGUUCUAUGCAAGGGAUGCUUUAAAAUACCUCCCUGGGGGGAGAAGGUACUCUGAGAGAGAGAGAGAGAGAGAUUUCCUUGUUUGCCAAUGUGCAUGAUGACAUGAGCACAGUUCUGUUUCGUCCUAUUUUUGUAGAGUUAAUUAUGAUAUUCACAAGAAGCACACAAAUAUCUACAUUAAUGGCAUAAAGGCAGAUGAUUUUGCUUUUUUA